AGUUCAGUCAGUUGUCUGUGGAGAAACGCAGCUGGUUCCAGAAAGCCAUUCUAGAGACGGAGAACGGAAAGAUGGAUCGACAAAUCAGGAAAAAUGAAGUGGGAAACGGCUCGUAUCUCUUCAACAUAUAAAGUCGGAGAAAGUUGCACACGAUGCGAGGAAUCAGCGCGAGCGAUUUGUACCCCUGUGGAUCUGUAGAGCAGCCUCAGAAAAACAAGACUCCGCCCCCUACCAGGCCAUGCCCCGCCCAGCUCACAGAGAGGCCACGCCCCCAUCCCUCAGCCACGCUCCAGAAGUCAAAACCACACGUACCCCCUAAGCCUGUGCACCUGCGGGCUCGCGUCCCUCCCGCGCCCUGCCGCCCCCUUCCCCGUCCUCCCCUGAGACCCGGAGUCCCGUCAGCAGGGCCGAGUGUGGGCCGGCUCAUCCAGAGCUUCCACAGCUCCAGGUUUCCGAUUCUGGGUCUCCAGCAAAGGAACGCCAUGGAUUCUCCAGCCGCAGAUCAGCCUCCGGCUGCGCAGGAUUCUGGGAACUUUGGCUCAGCGGAUGGACUGAUGUUUAAACCUAGUGAAAUCUCAGAGCUUUUGGGAUUGUCCGGCUCAAACUCCUUCCAAAUGGACUCUGCGAAGGAUGUAGAAAUUGCAGAAGGACUUCAAAAAGAGCAUAAAAAACAUUCCAGCAGUGGACAGGAGGAUAAUCACGGUGAGUGUAGUGAUGUGGUGGAGCCACCGCAGAGUCACGAGGGCACUGAAGCCAACGGGAAGAUCCCGAAUCGGGACAGCGGCAUCGACAGUCCCUCAUGCGGGGCGGAUGGCGAGGGCUUCCCCAAUGAGGACCCUAUCGAGGAGGAGGACAGGAACGACAGCAUCGCCACGGAAACCGAGAGCAUGUCAUGCGCCGCCACUGGCAACAAGCGGGACUCGACGCAGGAUGAAGACAGCGACCUGGAGGAAGGGAGCGGAGAAGAUCCCGAGAGCCUGGAACUCAGAGGUUUGCCAUCUGACUCUCAGAAGCUGUUGAACAUCGCUAAAGAGUUGCUUCAGACAGAAGAAGCGUACGUCAAAAGACUCAACCUGCUGGACCAGGUCUUCUGUGCCCGUCUGACAGAGGCUGCCAUCCCUGCUGACGUCAUCACAGGAAUUUUCUCCAACAUCUCCUGCAUCCGCCUCUUUCAUGAGCAGUUCCUACUGCCAGAACUACAGACACGCAUCACAAAGGAGUGGAGCUGUAAUCCCCGCAUAGGGGACAUCCUGCAGAAGUUAGCGCCGUUCCUGAAGAUGUACGGCGAGUAUGUGAAGAACUUCGAUCGGGCCAUGGAGCUGGUCAACACGUGGAUGCAUCGCUCCACCAACUUCAAGGGUGUCGUGCAUAGCAUCCAGAAGCAGGAGGUGUGUGGAAAUCUGACGCUGCAGCAUCACAUGCUGGAGCCGGUGCAGCGUAUUCCCCGUUACGAGCUCCUGCUGAAGGACUACCUGAAGAAACUGCCGGACGGAGCCGCGGACAGGAGAGACGCCGAGAAUGCUCUGGAGCUCAUCUCCACCGCUGCAAACCACUCCAACGCUGCCAUCAGGAAAAUGGAGAAGAUGCACAAGCUGUUGGAGGUGUAUGAGCGGUUGGGCGGAGAGGAGGACAUUGUUAAUCCAGCUAAUGAAUUCAUUAAGGAAGGUCACAUAAAGAAGAUGUCGGCUAAGAACGGCACUGCACAGGACCGAUACCUCUAUCUGUUCAAUAACAUGGUGCUGUACUGUGUGCCCAAGCUGAGGCUGAUGGGACAGAAGUUUAGCGUCAGAGAGCGGAUCGACAUUGCCGGGAUGGAGGUUCAGGAAAACGUCAAGCAGAACGUUCCUCACGCGUUCACCAUCAUCGGCAAACAGCGCUCACUCGAUCUGCAGGCCAGGACGGCUGAGGAGAAGGAGGACUGGAUAAAGGUGAUCCUGGCGACGAUCGAGAAGCACAAGCAGAACAGCGAGACGUUCAAAGCUUUCAACAGCUCCUUCAGCCGUGACGACGAGCACCUGCCUGACGCAGCGGGCUUAUGGAGCAGCCUGAGCACAUGUGAGACGGACGGAGCUCCACACGAGCGGAAGAGCUCAAAGAAGCGAGAGAAGGAACGAGAGACAUGCAAAGGCUGUAGUGAGACCUUCAAUUUCACCAAACGCAAGCACCACUGCAAGACCUGCGGCGCGGCCGUCUGUGGUAAGUGUUCGAAGGUGUCAGAGAGCAAGAACAUCCGCAUGUGUAAGCAGUGUGAUGGCCAGCAGGGUGCUGAAGGGACGGCAGGGGGCGCCACUGAGCCCAAGAAACGACUGGAGAAGCAGUUGUCAGCAGCUCCAUCUUCUCAACGCACAGGAAAAUCUGAAGACUUGGAACAAGAGCUGAGUGGCCAUCACUAAAGCACAACCUCAGGACUCUCAGGCUGUGACAUGAGAAGAAGUAACGGUCAAGUGUGCAUUCAGAUUCUCAAUCAUGGAUUGGACAGAACUCCUGUCACAUGCUGUAAAGGGAGGAGCCAACAAGAUGCCAGCCAAUAGGGCGCUUUCCCUCGCCUUUGGUCCGUCCCCUGUUAUAAAGAACUCCUGUUACUUGAAAUCACUUUACCCUCAGCACUUUUUUAAUCUUUCUUUUGAAGAUGAUUUUUGCCCUCCUUCACGGGAUCACGGCUCUUUCUCCAGCGCUCGCACACGUGCGGUUCACGGCUUCCUGUGAGAGUGGCUGUUUGUCGAUGCACUGAUCCUUUCUUCUGAAUGUCUAUGAAAUGUUGGUUUAUUUUUUUCUUUUUCAUUUGUUGCCUUUCAGAUAUGUUAUUAGAUAAAGCAUUAAAUCACUAUUCAGUUUUCUCCUGCUUCAUGAUGCCCAGUUUUACAGUUUAAUGCAGAAACCUGUGGCAGGCCACUGAAUAUCACACUGGACUACAGGACAAAACAUUUAUUGUCAUGUGACUGUGAAGGUAAAGGUUUGGCUGAGAGAACCAGGUUCAAGAACGAGCACAAAGGCGACUCAGAAGCCGCUCUUCUCCCGCGUCACCUUCCUCUUCACGCUCUUUCACAGACGGCACACUUCCCUGUUCUCCACGCGCAGUAUCACGACCGCAGCAGAAGUACUGUAUGCUGAACACAGGUGGAUCAUGGUCAGGUGGAAACAUUGCACCUGCUUCCCUUUUAAUAGAGUUUGAACCCUUGAAACAGAAGCAGUAUUAUAAAAAGCAUUUUAUGUGUACAAAAGCUGUCUUAUAGCAUAUCAAUAAAUAAAAGAGUAUCUGGUCACUGA